AACAGACAAUCAGAAGUCCAUAAUAUGGAUUGAAUAUACUUUUUAAUAUACAGAGAGUGUGAAUCAUAGAUUAUUACUGGACUGAUACACCAUUUUUAACAAUUCCUACAGUGUAUUAUUACAUUUGGAGCAGUUACAAUUCGGAAAUUUAUCUUUUAUAUUCUCAGAAUUCAUCAUCGCCAGUGCGCGUUACGCGUGUGCAGUGGCGCCCCCUGUUCGCUAUGUUUCCUUGUGAAGGUUAAGGAUGUUAUGUUCGUAAGUGGGUGGGGAAGAAAAAAUUAAUGGGGCGUUGCGGGUCUUAGGGUUUUAGGAUUACGGGAUGUUAGUGGUUGUGUAGAUUUCUGUGGUGUAGUGCUUGUUAGCCAAAUGGCGUGGAAAAGUAAUUUUCGUGUUACUGCAUUAGCAACUGCCGGACUUAUAGGCUUUUUUACUGGUAAUUUUACCGAGAGAUGGAAAUUGACGCAAAAUGCAUGGAAGUGUCUACACGUUAAUCAAAAUGAUGAAGACGACUUAUUACAUGAAAUAAGAAGAAUGCCAGGACUACCAAUUUUUGGUACAGUUUCGGCAGCUUCUCCAGGAAACAAACCCUCAAUUACGGAAAAGGAGUUAGUUCCUUUGGAAUCUUCUCCUGUUCCAAGUAAAUCCAUCAGAGUGUCGGAGAUAAUGAAAUAUGGUUUCCCAGGCCUGGACACUGUACGAUCAUUUGAUGAUUAUGUGCUGUCAUAUGACCGCAGAAAUAGAGUUCCACAUUGGGUUUUUGAACACCUCACAAAAGAGUCUUUGGUAUACAAUGAAUCUGUUGAUCGGUCUAAAUGUGAAUUCACUGAAGAUGCAUCAAUGCAUCCUUAUUUCAGGGCCCUUAACUCAGACUAUCGAGGGAGUGGAUUUGACCGGGGUCACAUGGCAGCUGCUGGUAAUCAUCGUCUAUGUCAGAAACAUGUGGAUCAAACAUUUCUUCUUUCCAAUAUGGCUCCCCAAGUUGGGGUUGGUUUCAACAGACACUCAUGGAACAGGCUGGAGAAAUAUGUCCGUAAAAUGACCAGAACAUACAAGAAUGUAUAUGUAUGUACUGGUCCAUUGUACUUGCCAAGGAAAGAGAGUGAUGGGAAAAUGUACAUCAGAUACCAGGUUCUAGGAGCAAAUUCUGUGGCUGUGCCAACACAUUUCUUCAAAGUAAUAGUUGCAGAGACUGCUGACCAAAAGCUGGACAUGGAAGCAUAUGUAAUGCCCAAUCAAGUUAUAGAUGACAAGACACCUCUGACUGCGUUUCAGGUGCCACCUGAAAGCAUCGAGCGAGCUGCUGGGCUUCUGUUCUUUGAUAAGUUAUCUAGGGACAAAAUUAGAAAAAUAAACGGCAGCAAGUCUACUGUGGACUGAACACAUGAAAAUGGUUAGUUGCAUUCUUAUAACAAAUGUACUUUUAUUUUAAAACAUACUGGAAUAUUGUAGUCUUAUUAAGAAGAGUUAGCUGAUUUUAGAGAUGACAUAGAUAUAUUAUUUAUUAUUAAAAACUGAUAAAUAUCA